AUGGGUUGGGUGAAGCGACUUUCCAAUAGCGGACAAGAGCAAGACGCAAACCUGACGUCGCUCUCUUUGCAGGCUUCAUCGCCAUCCCCGGAGCGCGCUCUACCGUCAAACCCACCAGUCAACUCCCUUUUCAGCCAGUCUCCUGCUCGAGAUAUCCUCACUCAGCCUCACACCCCGGAAUCAGCAAAUAGCGGCAGACGUAAAAGGGGAAUUUGGAAAGGAGAGGUCAAAUCGUGCACAGUGAUUGCCGGUGAGCUUAGGGGCCAGCUGUUGGAAGAAAGGGAAGAGGAAAGCGCAACACCUACCAGACCACCCGCUCAUGCCCAGACCGAUCAGAAGAGGGACGGCCAAAUGAACUGGAGGGAGGAGCUGGAUGGUUUCAGAGUGCCCUGA